AUAAAAAUAAUUAUUCAAAAACUGAGUUGGCAAGUAAUUUAUGAUAACAAAAUGAUUGACCUACCUAAGCUAAGAGUUAUAACAAAAAAUGAAUUUGUUGAGCUUAUUAAAAAAAUUGAAAAGCAGAAAUCAACAGAUAAUAAUGAUUAUUAUAAGCUAGCUGAUGAAAACUUAAAAGAAUUAGAAGAGAGCUUUUAA